AUGGUCAGACUUUGCCUUGACAGUCCUGAUCGGGUGACAUCAGGUCUUGGUAUUCAUGAAGAUGCUGUAGUUUUGCCACGCAGCCUCACUUUCGCUGAUGACGAGGACUCACGUGACAGCGGUUUCGAAUCUCACGGGAGUGACACGGAGGUGUCUCCAAGCAACGAUUCCUGGUCGUGUAGAACAAUCACAGACUUCAGCCCAGUUAGAAAAUAUUUAUUCCCGCCAAAACGGCUACAUGAUGAGGAUGACAGUCCCGUGGCAAAGAGAUCCAGAUGUGAUGACGUCACGGAACAUAAGGGCAAGCAAUGUGUUUCUGAAUCACCCGAAUCCAUCAAAUCAGCGGUGGACAAAAUGGAGACGGAAGUCAAUCUGAUUGGCGAUGGCUCAAAGGUAUUGACAUUUUGUCACAGACUCCCGACCAUCACAGGCCGACACAAGGAUCUCAAGUCAGUGUCUCCACGCGCAGUCAAUCACCUUCUGACAGGCAAAUACGAUGACGUCAUUUCCGGGUACCAGAUCAUCGACUGUCGUUAUCCGUAUGAAUAUGAAGGUGGCCAUAUUGAGGGUGCCAUUAAUCUCCACAAUGAGGCUCAGAUCACGGAGUUCGUCACCAGUUUACGGUGGAGGGAGUCCACCAAACGGAACAUUCUCGUCUUCCACUGUGAAUUCUCAUCAGAGAGAGCACCCAAACUAUUACGCCAUCUACGGAGCUUAGACCGGAAGCUGAACAGUGACCGCUACCCAUUCCUCUUCUGCCCGGAAGUGUACCUGCUGGAUGGUGGGUACAAGGCCUUCUAUGAACAACAUCAGCGACAGUGUCAGCCCAACACCUACAUUCCCAUGCAGCACCAUGACUACGCCAGUCAACUACGUUAUUUCCGGUCCAAGUCGAACAAGGUUGCGAACAAAAGACACUUGCGCAGACGUAAUUUAGAAAUCGAUGUUUCACCACUUAAAUGUUCAUUCUGA